AUGGCCUACCGACCUGCAGCCAAUGCUACUCCAGGAUCAUUGUACGGAGCAAGUGCAAGCGGGUCCGCGACUGCAUCAGGCAGCGGGACUCACACAAAGCCGGCCGACAUCGUCAUGUCAUCACAAUCGGCGUUCUCGCUGACCCAUAGCACGCAACCUGGUCGCCGGCAAUCUCACGGCUCGUCAGGUGCCAACUCGAAUUCUGGCUCUCAUAACGACGGCCACAAAGGUGGGCGCAAGUCGCGACAUCACCGUAUAGACGCGGACAACCUGCUGGCCUUUCAUCUGCCGCCUCGACACGAAGAGAAUCAUCACUACUCUCACCAAGCGAGCUCGAGCGCGAGAAGGAGUAGACAGUCGACUUGGAAUCACCGCAAUUGGUAUGACAAAGAGCGCUAUACCAACGCGCAAUAUCGGUUCAUGCUCAAGCCGACGUACGACUAUACCGUCCAUUUUGUUGAUCCUGAUAUAUACUUUUCAUGGCCGGAUGUGCUGCAAGUGCUUGUGCCGACCACGUCUGCACUCAAACCACCUGUGCUGCCUAAUGUCGCCCAAGCAGUGCAAUCUCAGCUUACCGCAUCGCCGCCUGCAGAUCUCUUCUGUCCAAUUUGCUUAUCGGAACCCGUUGCGCCGCGCAUGACCAAGUGCGGUCACAUCUUCUGCUAUCCUUGCUUGCUACAUUAUAUCGAGCUGGCCGAGAGCAAGUGGGCAAAAUGUCCAGUCUGUACCGAUGCGAUCUAUGGCAAAGAUCUCAAGAGCGUCAAAUGGACAGAUCCGGCAGCAAUAUCCGCAGAGCACACCUUGCUGGUAUCUCAGUUCGAACCGGAUGCAAAGGCGAGAGCUGUCUUUGCGCCAACGCCGAUCGGCAUGCCAGAAGCGCGGUAUCUCACUAUGCGACUCAUGCAUAGACCUCAGAUGACGACAAUGGCGCUCCCCAAAUCGUCGUCUUGGCCUAGCGAAGCAGUACCGCCACUUGUUGCCCCAUGGCACUUUACGCCUGACGCAUUUGCAUUCGCUCGCUUCUUGCUCGCUUCGCCAGACUACAUGACUGCAGAAUUGGCCUCUGACAUGACUCAGCUCGAGCGAGAAGAGCGGUUGCUGACCCGCUUGGCGGGCAAGGAAGAUAUAGGCGUUACCUUUGUCCGGGCAGCGAUGAAAAAAGUCGCCGAUCAGACCGACAAGGUUGGCGAACUGAAGAAGCACAGCGUCAUGAGCGCACGCAAGCAAGCCUUGCGCGAUCUCAAGCAAUUACAAGAUGCGGAAACUGCGGCUCAUCGGCGAUACUUGAGUCAAGCGUUGAAGCUGCCCGUACCAUCCGACACCGAACCAGAAGAGCAAUCUGACAUAUCAACUGAAGUCAGGACGGUGCUCGAACAUACCCAUCUAGAUCUUGUUCAGCCCACCAAGACCAAGAAGAACGUUAAUCCGCCGCCGCCCGAAGCAGCCGCUUGGACUUACUAUCAGGCUGCGUCCGGUCAGCAUAUCUACUUGCACGCAUUGGACAUACGCAUCUUGCAGGCGCACUUUGGCUCAUACGCAUCGUUCCCGGAGACGCUCACAGUCAAAGUGCAAGCUGUCGAUGAAGGCUCGAUGGACGACGAUAUGCGCAGGAAGUGUAAAUGGCUGUCCCAUCUGCCUUCUGCUUGCGAUGUCGCCUUCAUCGAGACCGACCUCACGGGCAUCGUCGGACAAGAGGCGCUCGAUAGCUUUGCUGCACCGCUCAAGCAACGGCUUAACAAGCGCAAGGAGAAGCUCAAGCGCGAAGACAAGGAGAAAGCGCGAAUAGACGCCGAGAACCGAGAGAAAGAUCGGGAAUCGCUCUACUCGAUGCCCAUCCGAGGACAGACGAGUAUGUUGUCCGCCGAAGAGUUCUCUGCCAGCUUCUCGUCCUCUUACGGCACCAGUCUCUCUGUCUCUCCGCAACCCCACUCGCCACGGCCGUCACUCGACGAAGGGCCGAGAACAGUCUGGGGAACACGCUCUGUGCCUGUCGCUGCGCAUCCAGUAGCUGCACACGAAGCCGAAGAAGGCUACUCGGACGAUGACAGGCUCUGGCAGCUGGACGCGAUCGAAGCAAAGCCGGCUCCGCCUGCAAGCGGCCGCAAGAAGAAGAAGGGCGUCACUAUCAAUUUGAGCGCAGGUGGGCAGAGAGCCUACUAG